GUAGAUUUUGACUUGUAUACAUAUUCAGUUUGUCUUGUUUUACAUGCUAUACUAAAGCGCCCGCGGGGCAGGAUGCUGCUCGGGCUUGGCAGCUUGAGCCCUCACCUUGGGACCGCCUUUGCCGCUAGAUCUUCACGCUGCCCCCAACGCUGUUGCGCUCUAGUUAGCUCUCCGGGGCCCCACCAGUAUCCGCAGGCCGCGCGGACAGCCGCCCGGACCAGCGACCCUGAGGUUUACCAGGCUGAGGUCGUCUCUGCGUCGGGGGCUCACAUUGGCAGCUUGUUUCAGCUGCUGGGCGAGGAGCACAAUGUUGAGUGUUCUCUACAAGCUCAAGUAAACGAGCGAUUAAGGAAGGCCGGGUCCUGGGAGGAGCUGAACGCGCUGCUGGGUGCCAACUGGGGCGUGCUCGACUUCGUGAAUGUCAGCACAGCCUGGACGCGCUUGGCUACAUUAUAUGGAGGGCAUGGCGAGGAAACAGCGCGGCAGCCUGGGGAUGCAGUGCCGAACGCGCACAACGCAGCGUUUCGGCACUUUGUCGCGCAGCUUAUCGAGCUGACAGCGCAGCACCUGGAGUACUUUGGCGUGCAGGCGCUGUCAAACGUGAUGUGGGCGAUGAGCAACGCCGACUGGCACCUGGACCAGCACGAGCCCGCGCUGGGCGACCUGGUGACGUCGUGGUGCCGCGCCGUGCGCCACCGCGUGGCCGAGCUGCGCGCCCCCGACGUCUCCAACAUCUCCACCGCGAUCGGCCGCCUGGACGACCGCUGGCGGCCCGACUUCGUCGUGGAGUUCUACCGCGCCGUGCUGCACGACGACGCGCUGCUGAACUCGCUGGACAUCCGCACCCUCAACAACCUGUUGUACGGCCUAUCGCGCGCGCACCGCAAGGGGCUGACCAGCGUGGGCCCCGCCACACGCAAGCGGCUGGAGCUGUGUGUGACGCGGCUGCUGGAGCAGCACCCCGAGGCCGCGCCCUACCUGCAGCAGCAGCAGCUCUGGCGGCAGCGGCGCCUUGCGGAGUUGCAGGCGCAGCAGCAGCAGCAGCAGCAGCAGCAGGCACAGCAGGAGCAGGCGGCCGGGGUAGCGGCGGAGGCGGAGGCGGGCAGGGCGCAGCAAGGGCCGGAGGACCAGCAGCAGCCGCAGCAGCAGCAGGAGGAAGAGGACGAGGAGGACGGUAUCUCGGGUGGGAACGGGCGGACGCACCACUACCACCACCACCACCACCAUCACCAGCAGCAGCAGCAGCAGCAGCAGCAGCAACACGGGCAAGAGCCGGCGGUGCAGCGGCAUGCAGGGCUCAACGGCGCCCCCGGCAGCGACCAUAGAGCGGGCUCAGUGCCGGGGCGGGGGCCAGGGCUUGGGCAGGGGCCGGGGUUAAGGACGGGCGCAGCCGCUCUGCCCGACCCAGAUCCUGCUUCGCCUGCAUCGCCGGGUGGCUCGCUGGGUGGCGGCCGCGCUGGCGUGGUGGCCCUGACGCCGUGGCGUGCCGCGCAGCUACUGGUGAACUGCCACAAGCUGGGCGUGCGGCUGAGCACCCCCGCCUACGCCGCACUCAUGAAACUGGUGGCGCCCGCAUACACGACAGAGGCGCCUGCGCAACAGCAGGCGCGGCAAUCGCAACAGCCGCAGCAGCGGCAGGAACAACAGCAGCAGCUGGCGCGUGAGGCGGCCAACGGCGACGGCGCCGCGUCUGGCGACUGCGCCUUUAGCGCAGACGACGACGGCAGCAGCGGCGCUGCUCCCUGCUCGCCCGCCUCCUCCCCUGCCUCCUCCCCUGCCUCCUCCCCUGCCGCCUCGCCACCGCCACAGCAGAUGCUGCCGCGCCAGGGCGGGCCGCUGGACCGCUGGACCUUCAGCUACGUGACGGCGCUGGUGGACGCGCACCGCCGCGUGCGGCCCUCGCUGCGGCCCAACCUGUGCCCGCUGUACGGCUACGUGGAGGGCCGCCUGGGCGAGGCCACCACCAGCCAGCUGGCCAUGCUGGCGCACGCCUUUGCGGAGAUGGGCUACCCGCCGCGCCCGGCCUUCUGGGGCACCGUCUUCGUGCGGUACAUGGCGGAGGCGGCGGCAGGCUCGGCGGCGGCAGGCUCGGCGGCGGCAGGCUCGGCAGCAGGCUCGGCGGCGGCAGGCUCUGUGUCGGGUUUGGUGUCGGUGGCCUCGCCCGGGGCUUCGGUGAUGGGAAGCAUGGACGGUGCGGAGGUUGCGGAGGGCGCGGGUGUGAUUGUGGGUGCGGGUGCAGCCGGUGUUGCGGUUGCGGUUCGAGUGGCGAGUGGUGAGGCCGCGGCGGCAGGCAGCUUGGCGGGCCGCGUGUUGGUUGGGGUUCGCCCCCUAGACAGCAUGGACGGCGAGAACGCUGCUGGGUCGGUGGCGGCGGCAGCGGCGGCGGCGGGCGACGGCGUGCGUGCCAGCUCGCCGACACGAGGGCGCCACCGGAUGGCAGCACGGCCAGCGCCGGAGCCGGCAUCCGGCAGCUUGGCACCUGGGCUGCAGCCGCAGCCCACGGGCGCGCCGACGGACGCAGUGACGGUGCAGCUAGGCUCGUCCACCCUGCCAGUGGUGCAGCGGCCGGUGCGGCCAACGCCGCCGCGUCGGCACCCGCAGCAGCAGCCGUCGCAGCAGCAUCGCGGUGACGCCGGCUGCUGGCCGCGGCAGCACCCCACCCUGACUGAGCCGCCGCCGCCGCCGCCCGUGCCUGCCGCCUCGCCGGCGUCCUGCCGGCCCGCGCCCCCCGCGCCGGCGGCAGACGAUCUGGCGCACCCGCGCACGCUGCACUUCGUGUGCUGGCAGGCCGCCAAGAGCGGCAUCCUGCCGCCGCGCGGCUUCCUGCGGCUGUAUGUGGAGCGCGUGCCGUCGUGGCUGCGCCGCCGCGCGAGUGAUGUGGAGCUGGCGCAGGCGGUGGAGACGCUGCAGCUACUGCGCUGGGUGCCGCGGCAGGAGCUCGGCGAGGCGCUGGGCGAGGCGCUGGAGCGGCGCGCGCCCGCCUCCAAGCUGCCGCUGCGACGCAUGGUGCGCUGGCUGCGCAAGCAGCAACAGCAGCAGCAACAAUAGUAGCGGGAGCGGGAGCAGCAACGGCAGCAGCAGCAGCAACAGCAGAACGGUAGCAGGGCCGGCAGUGAGGGUAGGCUGGAGUGUGGGCGCGCAAGUGCAAGAGGGGACUGAGGUGGCGCAAGUGGGGAGGGGGACGCUCUGUACGGGUACGCGGCGUGGUUGCGUGCCGGGCCUGUGGUGGUGGUUGUGCAGGGCGCGCGGAAGGCGAGAGGGAAUGCGAGCACUGAUGUCUGGGCGGGAUGGAUGGACUGCAGCGCAUUGUGCUUGUUGGAGGUGUACAUCGAGCCAUGCAAGUAGCUUGGAAGCUUCAGUUGUGAGAGUCAGAGAGGUAGAGCAGACCGGAUGUCUGCUGCGUGUACCGCAGUCGGGGUCAGCUGUCGCAAUAUCGCAUCUAGCAACAUUAGUCGAUCAGGUCUGUGGCAGCAGAGCAGUUACUCGUGAUUUUAUAUCAGAGCAGAUGCAGCAAGCAGGCAGCGUAGAGUGGUAGGAGGGGUGUCAGGUUUCAUGUUUGGAGCGGCACCUCAUGUGUGGAUGCAGGAACCCUUCAUGCGUGGGUUUUGCAGAGGCUUUACGACACGGGAAAGUCCCAUCGCAUCAUGGGCGAGACGCCUGGGCUGAGCGGCGGGUUAGACACAUCUGGAAUACGGCCGGGGCGAUAAUGCGGCAGUGGGCGGGUACGGAUGAAGGCGUUGCCGGGAAGGCCUCAGGAAGUGGCGCGAAGUGGCGCGAGAUGCGGACAAGCGAGGCGUUGGCAACCGCGGAGGAGGCGUCAUCGGGUGUUUAAGUGAGCACCGUGGGCCACGGGGGACGUGGCUGGAACGCGCAGUCGAGUAUGGAUGUAAUCAGAAUGGCUU